GCAGCCGCGAGAUAAAGUUUAUCUCAUCGGGACUCAACCUUUGGGCUGACACAUUUUUUGUUUACUCUCUUUAACGAUUCCCAUCAUGUUGCACUGAGCUUUAUCAGUGGGUUCUGACCAGAUUGUUCAUUCUGUGCAAACGUGGAAUGAACAGGGUUUCACAUCCACGUGAACCAGGAGGAGAUUUGGAACAUUGAUUUGAUGAGCUGUGAGACCAUAUUCACUAAGUGAACACCCUGUGAUCAUCUGUCUCGUGGUGACCACUGGGGAAGUUGUAGAGUUUUCUGUUUAGUUGAGCGGUCAUGCAAAUCAACUGACUAUAAAUAAUUGCACCCAGGCUUGCAGAGAAGUACUGUGUGUGUCAUUUAGCCACUGGAGACAUGCUGAGGGCCAUGGUGGCAUCUGGCUCAGACCUCGGCCUGCGUCUCAAGGAAACUAUGGAUGCCGGCAAACUGGUGAGUGAUGAGAUGGUGGUGGAGCUCAUAGACAACAACCUGGACACACCUGACUGCAAGAAUGGAUUCCUUCUGGAUGGUUUCCCACGUACUGUCAAGCAGGCAGAAAUGUUGGAUGGCCUCCUGGUGAAGCGUAGUGAAAAAUUGGACUCUGUGGUUGAGUUCUCUGUUGCUGACUCUCUGCUAGUACGCAGGAUCUGUGGGAGGUUCAUCCACCAGCCUAGUGGCCGAUCUUACCAUGAAGAGUUCAACCCUCCCAAGGAGCCUAUGAAGGAUGAUGUGACCGGGGAGCCUCUUAUGCGGCGUAGUGAUGACAAUGAGACUGCACUGCGCACUCGGCUAGAGUCCUACCACAAGCAGACAGCCCCUCUAGUGCAGUACUACAGUGCCCGUGGCUUGCAUACUGCAGUCGAUGCUUCUCAGUCCCCCGACCUUGUCUUUGCCUCCAUCCUCGCUGCCUUCUCUGCUGCUACCUGUAAAGAUCUUGUGUAUUUUAUCUAAAUCAUCUCUGCAUUCCUUUUUCACGGUCACUUUAAAGGGCUCCAUAAUGAUCACAUUUGUAUUGUGACACUAUAUUUGUCUUUUCAGGUAUAUUGUUAAUUAUUUUAUUUAUAAUUGGUUUUUGAUUCAUCUGGUGCUUUUUGUGCCAUAGGUAACUGAUCUCCUUGAAUAGCAUCUUAAAUAUAGAGCGUAGAACAUCAGGAAACUGUGAUUUGUACUACCCACGCUAAAUGUAUUGUCUGUAUAGAUCACAUACAAAUUGUAACAUGUUGUUUGCUUAAAUGCCUCCAUAUAAUGGAUGCAGGUGCUGUAGCACUUUUCUUUUGCCAGACACUUCUAAAAGAGAGUGAUCAUGUAAUUUGCACUACUUCAGGUUAGAUUUAAGCCUAUUUACACGAAGGUAAUGUUAUAAAGAAUAACACGGCCUGACUGAUGGAUUUGGUCCAUGUGCUUGUUUUCCAGUGAAGGUGUGAAUAUUUAAUCAGGACUGCGCUCCCUUUUGCCAUUCAAUGGGAUGAUUGCUGAACAAAAUAAAGCAUUUUAUCAGUUGUUUUUUUGUUGUUUUAUUUAUAUUUUUACAAAUGCAUGUCCUGAGUUGAAUCAUUAAUUUACUCGUGGCCUU